AUGGAGUCGAUUUUGGACUUUUCGCGAGAUCUUGAUAUCAACGCUUUGGACCAGGUGGUGGACACGUUGUACAAGGGAUCAGGAGCCCAGCAAAAACAAGCACAAGAAGUGUUGACGAAAUUGAAGGACCAUCCGGAUUCAUGGCAAAGAGCUGACCAGAUACUGCAGUUUUCGCAGAAUCCGCAAACCAAGUUUAUUGGGCUGUCUAUUUUGGACAAGCUCAUCACGACGAAAUGGAAAAUGCUUCCUCCAGAACACCGGAUCGGAAUCCGUAAUUUCAUCGUUGGAAUGAUCAUCUCGCUGUGCCAGGACGACACGGUUUUCCAAACGCAGAAAAAUCUCAUUAACAAAUCGGAUUUGACCCUGGUUCAGAUCUUGAAGCAGGAAUGGCCACAAAACUGGCCUGACUUUAUCCCAGAGCUGGUGCAAAGCGCUCAAUCGUCUGUCAACGUGUGCGAAAACAACAUGGUAAUUCUCAAACUGCUCUCGGAAGAGGUCUUUGAUUUCUCGGCCGAGCAGAUGACCCAGGCCAAGGCCCUGCAUCUCAAGACAUCCAUGUCCAAAGAGUUCGAGCAGAUUUUCAAACUCUGCUUCCAGGUCAUGGACGCUGGGUCCACCACUUCGCUUGUGGUUGCUGCAUUGGAAUCGUUGCUAAGAUACCUGCAUUGGAUUCCUUACCAUUACAUUUAUAACUCCAACCUCUUGGAAUUGCUCAGUACUAAGUUUUUGAUGUCCUCUGAAACAAGGGCAGUCACAAUCAAGUGUCUGACCGAAGUGUCUAAUUUGGAUAUUCCAGAAAAUGACAUCAAAAUUGCGGAACAAACAGUCCUUUACUUUCAAAACACGCUGCAACAAGUCUCAGAGAACGUCAUACCUGUUUCUGCAGACCUGAAAGCCACUUAUGCCACCGCGAACAGCAGAGAUCAGUCCUUCUUGCAGGAUUUUGCAAUGCUUUUGACCACCUAUCUAGCGCGUCACCGUGCUUUGCUAGAUAGUGACGAGAGGUUGAGGGAAUUGCUACUAACCGCUCACCAAUAUUUGAUCCAAUUAUCGAAAAUCGACGAAAGAGAGCUUUUCAAAACGACCCUCGACUACUGGCACCAUUUGGUCGCUAGUCUGUUCCAAGAGGUUCAAAGACUUCCAGUCGCCGAGCUAAAUCCACUUCUUCAGCUUUCGGUCGGAUCCCAGGUCAUCAGUUCUUCUGGUGGUGCGCCAAACCCCGAGUUUCUAAAAAGAUUCCCACUUAAAAAACACAUUUAUGAUGGGAUCUGCUCUCAGCUAAGAUGGGUCGUAAUCGAAUCUAUGGUGAGGCCCGAGGAAGUUCUCGUUGUAGAAAAUGAUGAAGGUGAGAUCGUUAGAGAGUUUGUGAAAGAAUCCGACACAAUUCAACUUUACAAGUCUGAGAGAGAAGUUUUGGUUUAUUUAACGCAUUUGGAUGUUGUCGACACCGAGGAUAUUAUGAUUAACAAAUUAGCCAGACAAAUCGAUGGCUCUGAGUGGUCAUGGCACAACAUUAACACUUUGUGCUGGGCAAUUGGCUCGAUUUCCGGAACAAUGGGCGAAGAAACAGAGAAACGAUUCGUUGUGACUGUCAUCAAGGAUUUGUUAGCCCUCACUGAGAAAAAACGUGGUAAAGAUAACAAAGCAGUGGUAGCCUCAAACAUUAUGUACGUGGUUGGCCAGUAUCCACGUUUUUUGAAGGCGCACUGGAAGUUCCUGAAGACAGUCAUCGUCAAAUUAUUUGAGUUCAUGCACGAAACUCAUGAAGGUGUUCAAGAUAUGGCAUGUGAUACUUUCAUUAAGAUCGUUCGCAAAUGCAAGCACCAUUUUGUUGUCCAACAACCAAAUGAACCCGAGCCGUUCAUUCAGACCAUCAUCAGACAAAUUCAAAGCACAACUGCAGAUCUUCAGCCUCAGCAGGUUCACACCUUUUACAAAGCGUGCGGUACAAUCAUAUCUGAUGAAAGAAAUGUCGGAGAGAGAGAACGUUUGCUUGGCGAAUUAAUGCAGUUGCCUAACAUGGCAUGGGAUGCCAUCGUUGAGCAGUCUUCAGCUAAUCCUGACCUAUUGCUGGAUAGUGAAACGGUAAAAAUUAUCGCCAACAUCUUGAAAACCAACGUAGCCGUUUGUUCCACAAUGGGAGCUGAAUUUUAUCCACAACUGGGGCACAUUUAUUACAACAUGCUCCAGCUUUAUAGAGCAGUCUCUUCCAUGAUUUCUGCCCAGGUUUCCAGUGAAGGGCUUAUUGCAACAAAAACUCCAAAGGUACGCGGUCUAAGAACGAUAAAGAAGGAAGUUUUGAAGCUUGUCGAAUUUUACAUCUCACAUGCAAAGAAUCUUGACGAUGUUGUCAAAGUUUUGGUAGAGCCCUUACUAAAUGCCGUUUUAGAGGACUACAUGAACAAUGUACCAGAUGCCAGAGAUGCCGAGGUGCUGAACUGCAUGACCACCGUUGUUCACAAAGUGGGGCAUAUGAUGCCAAACGGUGUCAUUCUAAUUUUACAAAGUGUAUUCGAGUGCACUUUGGAUAUGAUUAAUAAGGAUUUUACAGAAUAUCCCGAGCACCGCGUUGAAUUUUACAGACUUUUGAAAGAGAUUAACAGCAGAUCUUUCAAUGCUUUAUUAGAACUUCCCCCUGCUGCAUUUAAGUUAUUUGUGGAUGCAAUUUGUUGGGCAUUUAAACAUAACAACAGAGACGUCGAGGUCAAUGGUUUGCAACUUGCCCUUGACUUGAUCAAAAACAUCGAAAGCUUAGGUGCUACGCCGUUUGCAAAUGCCUUUUACGAGAACUUUUAUUGCACAUUCAUCAGCGAGACAUUCUACGUUCUCACGGACUCGGAUCACAAAUCUGGGUUCUCUAAACAGUCUCUGCUUCUAAUGAGACUAAUAUCCAUGAUUGAAGAAAACAAGAUAGGAGUUCCGCUAUAUCAACCGGGCGAUGUUCCUGAAGGUACGACCAACCAGCUCUAUCUUGCAAAUUACCUGGCAGGCAUGCUAAGCAGCGCUUUCCCUCAUUUAAGCCAAGAACAGGUCACUGGGUUUAUUAGCGCUUUGAUCAAGCAAUACCAGGAUUCAUCGAAGUUUGCAGCGACACUCAGAGAUUUCCUAGUACAGAUAAAAGAAUUUGGCGGUGACCCUACGGAUUAUUUGUUUGCUGAAGAUAAAGAACAAGCCCUCCAGGAAAAGACAAGAGUGGAAAAGGAAAGAGCAGCCGCUGUUGGUGGUUUAUUGAAGCCAUCUGAGCUCGAUGAUUAA